UUGCUUUGCUGUCAAUUUACGUUUCCCUACAUUAAAUUUUACCACACUUGUUUUACAUUACACCGUCUGGACCGAUAAACUAAAAUCCGAAAACGUAAUAAUUGCGUUGGUUGUGAAGUGUGGCUAUUAAAUUGUUUUAUUAGAUUCAUUAUACACAUUCCCCAUAUAAACAAAUCGUCAUAACAAAGCAAAACGAAAGAUGUCUGAAGUGAAUUUCGACUGUAUACGCUCAAUUGAACCCAGUGCAAUAGAUAAUACACCCGCCUCCGUCAUAGCAUCUACCUCCAACACAACAGCAACAUCAACUACAUUUACCUCCACCACUAGCCCCCCGUCUAAUACAUCUGUGCCAACUACACAAGCGCAAUUGUCUCAAUCAUUAAAAAAUUCCAAAGAUGCUUAUCUCGAAGCCACUCGCAUUUUAAUCGUUUUAAUGGAGAAUGUACUUAAAGAGCCAACAAAUCCCAAAUAUCGUACUAUACGUAUUGAGAAUAAAACAAUUAAGGAGAAAUUACUCUCUGUGGCUGGCAUUGCGCAGUUACUUAGUGCUAUAGGUUUUAAGCGUAGUGCUAUAGAGUAUACACUACCCAAGGAGGUGCCAUUACAACGUAUACAACAAUAUAGAGACGUAUUGCAUGAAAGACGUGAAUCUUGGCUCAAAGGCAACCCACAAACAAGUAAGACUAUACAAGUGCGGGAAGCCCCUAAAGUGAAUGACAAUGAAAUGGCUGCGCAAAGAAAUGAGCAGACAGCAACAGAACCAUUGCUUACAAUAAUUACACCGUCUGUUCCUUAUCAGCAACGCAUUCGAUUUCCUCGUGUAUUGCAAAUAAAUAAUGCUCUCCUGCAGUCAUUGGAGUCUCAAUCUGAUGCUGUUAUGCAGUAUGAAGAUGACAAAUUAUUGGCAGCCGGACGCGAACUCAUACCCAUUGAUGAUUUAACGCAAAAGGCGAGUGAAAAGUUAAUCGCAUUUCAAGAACGCAUUGUCGCUGGUGAAUGUAAAGAGAAAGAACCUUGUAUACGGGAUCUUAUUGUGGUGGAAUUGUGUAAUUGGUUUAAUACAGAAUUUUUUGAAUGGGUUAAUCAUAUGCCUUGCCGGGUCUGUGGCAGUGAAGAGAGUAAAUUGAGACGCACUCAAACCGAGGAUGACCUGCGUGUCGAGGUUAGCUUUUGCUGUGGACAAGAGACAAAAUUUUAUCGCUACAACGAUGUAGCACAGCUUUUGGUAUCACGUAAAGGUCGAUGUGGUGAAUAUGCAAAUUGUUUUACCUUUCUCUGUCGCUGUUUGGAUUACGAUGCACGCAUUGUGUAUUCGCGUUUCGAUCAUGUUUGGACAGAGGUUUAUUCGGAAUCUCAAAUGCGCUGGUUGCAUGUAGAUCCCUCCGAUAAUGUUGUAGACUCACCACUAAUGUAUCAACACGGUUGGAAGCGUCCCAUUGACUAUGUUUUCGGUUACUCUUGCGAUGAUAUACAGGAUGUAACCUGGCGUUAUGUAAAUAAUCACAAAGAGACGUUGCAGAAUCGCCGCUUGUGUGGUGAAAACGAUUUGUUAGCUGCAAUUAUAGCCAUACGGGAUAAACGACAGAAAGGAUUCAGUGCGGAACGCAAAAAAGCGUUAAGUCAACGUGCAAUGUUAGAGCUAUUUGAGCUAGCAGUGGAACGGCAACCAACUGAGGGUGAACUCAAGGGUCGCAGUUCUGGCAGUUUGGCCUGGCGUCAAUCACGCGGUGAACAUGCGUUUAAUAACAUUUUCGUCUUCACCCCUAACGAUACAGAAAUCAACAGCAAACAGUUUAAUAUGCGUUACAGUUGUGCCAAAGAUAUCUAUGAGCGUUAUCUCAAAGUUGACGAGGGCGAUGUCAAAGUGUUGCAGACAUACAAAACUUGGCAGAGCGCACAAUUUUCAUCCAGAAAUAUAUUUCGUAAAGUCGAAAGAGAUUGGAAAAUGGCUUACUUAUCCCGUGAAGAGGGUGCGGAUCGUGGUGAGAUCGUUUGGAAAUUUGACUUUUCCCAAGCUGGCUUAAAAAUCAAGUCAUACAAUUUACGUUUCGAGCGAAAAACAUAUGGCGAAGGUCAAAUCGACGUGAAUGUGAUUGCCGAUAAUGGUAGUGCUAACAUUAUUGGCGCUUCAGUAUUUCAAAUCCGGGCGGUAUUGUCGGGUGGCAAAGGUGAUGUGGCUUGGCAACAUGCUCAGCUGUUUAGACAAAGUUUAAAUCAAGCAGAUAGUUUAUUCGAUUUACAAAUUAACUUUAUAUAAAAAAGUUUAAUGAAAUUAUUUUUGUGCAAAAAAAAAAAACCAAAUUAUAUUAUAUUAAUUUAAUAAGAAAAAUAUGCGCAUUAUGUGAUUCCAAACCCAUUUUCGAACAUGAACAAGCAAAGCAAAGAAAACCAAAAAAAAAAAAUAUUUUAUCUACGCAACGAGUAUGUAUUAUGUAAGUACAUGCUUAUAAUAAUAACGUCAAAUUUUCAAAAGAAAACUUAUACAAGUAUAUUUAUAUUUGAUACAAUAAUUAAAAAGAUAAUAAUAAUAACUUAAAUGCUGUAAUCCAUUUUUACAUAUGUAUGUAUAUAUACAGAAAGAAAAAACGUAAACAAUGCUU